AGUCUUCGUCGUGCUGCCAUACGGUAUGGCUGCGGUUUGUCGAAGUUUUCUCUUUAUCCUGAUAUAAUUUCAAGUGAAUCAUUGAUAGUAAUGUGUUAUUCGUCCGGAAGUUCAACGAAAAUUAGCCGUCCUUUCGAAUGCUGAUAGAUCAUGCUGUCUCAAAUGAAGACCACCUCUACGGGGAAACUGGAAGGGAAACGACCGAAAGAGCUGAUGUCGUCUUCCAGUCUUUCCGGUAUGUCUCAAUUAUCGAACAGCAGCGAGGAGACCCUGGAGCCCCUUGUACAUAAGCCGCACAAAUCGGAAACGUCGGAAAGCACAACGAAGGACGCCAGUCCGCCAAACAACGAAUGGCUGUUAAGUGGACCAAGUGGAAACAAAUCUAUUUUGCGUUUCAAAUGCUCCGCAUUAGCGACUCCUCCGGAAGAAUCACCCGCGAAAAAAUUGCAUAUGACCUACAAAAUUUUUCAGACAGACACCAAGCUUAUCAAUGUCUUAUUGCAAUCGCACGGCUUAACGGAGGUUCCCAUGAACGAUAUGGACUUCAACAUCCUGUGGAUGGGGAAUCACCCGAAACCAGACAUUCUCCGGAACCUAAUGCCCCACCAGAAAGUGAACCAUUUUCCAAGAUCGUACGAGAUCACGCGCAAGGAUCGACUGUACAAAAACAUCGAGGCGAUGCAACGGAGCAAAGGGUUACGGAACCUGGACUUCAUACCGCAAACGUUUCUAUUGCCUAGCGAGUCGAGGGAAUUGCUCACAGCGCAUUUCAGGUAUCGCGGACCGUGGAUUGUCAAACCGAAAGCCAGUUCCCGCGGACGUGGAAUUUAUAUUGUUAACAGUCCUGAAAAGAUCCUUACGGACGAGUCUGUGAUCGUUGCACAAUACAUAAACAAUCCGCUUCUGGUGGACGGGCACAAGUGUGACUUACGGUUAUACGUCGCCGUUACGAAUUACGAUCCUCUGUUGAUCUACCUGUACGAAGAGGGCUUAGUGAGAUUUGCCACGGUGAAGUAUGAUGGUGGUAAUCAGUAUAUCUGGAACCCUUGCAUGCAUCUAUGCAAUUAUAGCAUAAACAAAUUCCACGUGGAUUAUGUGAAGAGCGAGGAUCCAGACGCGGAGGACGUGGGUCACAAAUGGACCUUGUCGGCCUUACUUAGACAUUUGCGCUCUAUGGGACAAGACACGGAGUUACUUAUGCAGCGUAUAGAAGAUAUUAUAAUAAAAUCGAUUCUCGCGACCGCUUCUGGAAUUGUUAGCGGUAUCAAACAGUUCGUGAAACAUCCCGAAACGUGUUUCGAAUUAUUCGGAUUCGAUAUUUUAAUCGACGACACGUUAAAGCCAUGGCUGCUGGAAGUCAAUUUAACGCCAUCGUUAGGCUGUGAUUCGCCGCUCGAUGUUAGAUUAAAAUCAGCCUUGAUAGCAGACUUGUUAACCCUAGUCGGUAUACCUGCGGUUGAUCCGAUGUUACGGCCUCAAAGUACGCAUCUGAAUCGUUCUACGGUGACUUCCACUAAAAGAAUAGUUAGUUGUAGAAGAGUACACUCGGCGGAAACGUUGUCGCAAAGGAAAAAAAACGUGAAUAAAAGCAAUAUUAAUAAGUCAGGAUUAACAUCUGAGCAACAACGAAUAGUGGCGUCCGCGAAAGCGCAAUUCGAACGACGAGGAGGAUUCGUUCGCAUAUUCCCUAGUCCAAAAUCGUGGGAAAUGUAUUCGCAAUAUUUAGAUCCAACAACGGGAAUACCAAUAGUUUCAGACCCUCUAGGACCAGGCAGAGUUCCCCACCAAAUAAAUACAAAUUAUAAUUUAAUGUUACACGAGCAAUUAUUUCCUGCGGCUAGUCGUACGACCGAUUUUAUCAUUCCUGAGGUUACCCUGGACAGAUUGUCCAGAUAUGAAAGGUAUGAGAGAGCUUUGGUGAAAGGGCACAAACAAAGCUUAGAACGUGGUCACAGUAAAGAGAAUACGGAUACGGAUAAGCAUAAAUAUAAGAGCCAAGUGGUGCAAUCUAUGCACGAAGGAAAUAAACUUAGUCCUGGAGAAGCUAGAAAGGCCUUCGGUUUAUAUUUAGGACACAUAUUGCGUAAGAUAUCACAGCCUAACGACGAUCCAGCAAGCUGCGAUCUUGUGAUGAAAUUUCUUCAACAGUCAGCUAGUAAUUUAAGGACGCCAUUCUUUUUUACGUUACCAAGUAGUAAAUUGAGUGAUAAAGACCGUGCCGCUAUAACGGCCAAACAACUCUCGGACUUUUUACACAUGUACAAUCGAGAAACAGAUCUUUACGCGGACACGGUCGAUCGUCCACGUACCGUUCCCAAUCGACUAUUUCAAAAAUUUCUAGCCGCGGCAAGCGAACAAGAUCUCGAUGAUAUAUUAAUUCUACAAACGAGGCUAUACAAGUGCGCUCAUAGUUUUUUGGGAAGAAGCGGUUUCGCAGGUAGCCUACCAGGACCUAAUUUAUUAGGCUCGUUACCCCACAUCACGUCUCGCGUGUACUCGAACGCCGCAACCAGCGAACAAUGCAAAUGUAACCAAUCGUCAAUCACUAGGCCUACGAAAACUGCGCGUACCUAG